CUCCCCGUCAGAAUGAGUGUGGUGGAUCACGUGCGGGAGAUGGCGGCCGCCGGCCUACACUCCAACGUGCGGCUCCUCAGCGGGCUGCUGCUGACCAUGAGCGGCAACAACCCGGAGUUGUUUUCUCCAUCACAGAAGUACCAGCUCCUAGUGUAUCACGCAGAUUCCCUCUUCCAUGACAAGGAGUAUAGGAAUGCCGUCAGUAAGUAUACAAUGGCUUUGCAGCAGAAGAAAGCGUUGAGUAAAACUUCAAAAGUGAGGCCUUCUACAGGGAAUGCUGCAUCAACUCCUCAGAGUCAGUGCUUGCCUUCUGAAAUCGAAGUCAAGUACAAAAUGGCAGAGUGCUAUACCAUGCUGAAGCAAGACAAAGAUGCCAUUGCUAUACUUGAUGGAAUCCCUUCAAGGCAGAGAACCCCAAAGAUUAACAUGAUGCUGGCCAAUUUGUACAAGAAGGCGGGUCAAGAACGGUCCUCUGUUACGAGCUACAAAGAGGUGCUGAGGCAGUGUCCAUUAGCCCUUGAUGCCAUCCUAGGUUUGCUGUCGCUCUCAGUAAAAGGCGCAGAAGUUGCUUCCAUGACAAUGAAUGUGAUUCAGAGUAUCCCAAACCUAGACUGGCUUUCAGUGUGGAUCAAAGCAUAUGCGUUUGUUCAUACCGGAGAUAACACUAGAGCAAUCAACACCAUCUGCUCUCUGGAGAAAAAGUCACUACUGAGGGACAACGUUGAUAUAUUAGGGAGUUUAGCAGACCUGUAUUUCAGAGCUGGCGACAAUAAGAAUGCAAUUCUAAAAUUUGAACAGGCGCAGAUGUUGGAUCCAUAUUUGAUAAAGGGAAUGGACGUCUAUGGUUAUUUGUUAGCCCGCGAGGGUCGCCUGGAGGACGUGGAGAAUCUAGGCUGCCGUCUCUUCAAUAUUUCUGACCAGCAUGCGGAGCCUUGGGUGGUGUCAGGGUGCCACAGCUUCUACAGCAAACGCUACUCCCGAGCCUUGUACUUGGGAGCCAAAGCCAUCCAGCUGAACAGCAACAGCGUGCAGGCUCUGCUGCUGAAAGGCGCCGCUCUUCGGAACAUGGGCAGAGUGCAGGAGGCGAUCAUACACUUCCGGGAAGCGAUCCGGCUCGCCCCUUGCAGAUUGGACUGCUAUGAAGGCCUCAUUGAAUGCUACCUGGCGUCCAACGGUCUCCGUGAAGCCACCGUCAUGGCAAAUAAUGUCUACAAAACCCUGGGAGCCAAUGCACAGACGCUUACUCUCCUAGCAACUGUCUGUCUAGAAGAUCCCGUUGCACAGGAGAAAGCAAAGACGCUGCUGGACAAAGCGUUGACACAGAGGCCUGAUUACAUUAAAGCCGUGGUAAAGAAGGCCGAGCUUCUCAGCCGAGAACAGAAAUAUGAAGAUGGAAUUGCUUUGCUAAGAAAUGCCCUGGCCAAUCAGAGUGACUGCAUUCUGCAUCGAAUGUUAGGGGAUUUCCUGGUAGCUGUUAAUGAGUAUCAAGAAGCCAUGGACCAGUAUAGUAUUGCUCUAAGCUUGGAUCCCAAUGAUCAGAAGUCUCUGGAGGGAAUGCAGAAAAUGGAAAAAGAGGAAAGCCCCACAGAUGCUACCCAGGAGGAAGACGUAGACGACAUGGAAGGGAGCGGGGAAGAAGGCGACUUGGAAGGCAGUGACAGCGAGGCGGCCCAGUGGGCCGACCAAGAGCAGUGGUUCGGUAUGCAGUGA